GACUGCAUGCUCUAAUCAAUAUCAUUUGUCAACGUGUUCUGCCAACAUCCGAGUAUCUUCUACAUCCACACCUCAUCGUAGAUCAUGGAAACAUGUACCCUCAAUGCCACACAUGAUUCUUACUUUAUGAAGAGCACCCCAGCCUUGCACUACAAAGCCGCAUCUGAUGGAGACUCACCGGACGCUUCCAUGCCCAUGGGCAACCUGUCCAGCCCGCUCGUCGACAGUGGCUACCGCGAGGGCAGCGUAACCUACUACUGCAGCCAGUCGAAUAGUAACAAUUCACUGAUUGAAGAAGGACCGCCAGCGACAGCGGGCCCCCCAGUAAUCACUCCUGUCAGUGGUCAGCUUGAAAAGUACAAGCAGCACCGUAUGAUUCGCCCAGUACCCCUCAAGGCCAUCUCCCCGUCCCGCUCCUUAGACUCCCCUAGUAGUACUUCCUCCAAGCACAGCCUCCCCAGCUCUCCAUCCAGCAUGCCCGACCAUAUCAACGGUCGCCCUCCGCUCAAGCCGCAGCAGCAACAGCAGCAACAGAACAAACAGCAACCCCCGGAUGUGGUUCUGACAAACCAGAAACGCAACUUUGCUGGAAAUCAUUUUGGGGCGCCACCGACCAAAUGCCUCUCGCUGCAGGACAUUACGCCAAAACAGAAGGGUUACCAAGGCAACAGUGCACAGCGACCACCUCAGAAUUAUGCAAAGGCAUGGGGGAAGCAGAUGGCGCAACAAAGGCACAUCCAACCAGCCCACUCACUCAACUACCUCAACCGCAGCAUCCAGAACCUCCAGAAUCAGCAGAAGCUACUCCCAGACUACAAGCGCAGAAACAUCAGCCAGUCGACCACACAGGUCAACAGUCGCAAUGGUAGCAGCGGCAGCCCCAAGAAACCCGUCCGCAUCAACCACACCAACCCUUCAUAUGGUGUGGUGGAUUACAACAGUAACCGUGUCGACAAUAAGUCGUCAUCGUCUGCAUCUUCAUCCAAGAUGUCAUUCAUGGGGGCGGAGAUGACCGAGAUUGGCAGCUUGCGGCAGAAAGUCUUGGAGAAAGAAGCGCAGUUGUCCACGCUACGAGACACAAUGGAUAACAAUGAAGCGGCCAUCUUGAAGGUACACGAGGAAAAGCACAGAACCUGGGAGGAGGAGACCUCAUGGCUGAGGAAAGAACUUCAAGAACAGGAAGACACGUCUAGGAAGAUUCGUCACUCACUCCAAGCUCAGAUCUACAAAUUGGAACAGGAGAAGAAGUUGCUUCGAGAAAAGACAGACACCUCACAGCAUCAGCAACAGCAGCAUUCUUCUGCCAACAAGGGAGUUGAAGACCUGAAAUGGCAGCUGAGGAAUCACAGAGAUCAGCUGAGUGCCAAGGCCAAAGAGAUUGCCAACUUGAGAAACAAACUUGCCCACCAGGAGGAGCAGCUCACUGAGCGCACAAAGACUAUGGCCUCGCUGGAGGCAGAACUUCAGGAGAACCGACGCAGCAAUCAAGGCAGUGUGGAUUUUCAAGAGAGACUCUUAAAGGAGAAAGAGGCCGAGUUAAGCGAGACCCGCGUUGAAACCAACCACAUGCGGGAACUAAAAGAGAACCUGGCGAAGGAGGUCAGACUGCAAGAGGAGGAGCUUACGCUAUUGAGGACAAAGAUGGGCACCAAGGAGAAGGAGUUAAGCCAGGAGCGAUGUGAGGUUGCCUACCUCAGAGAGGUUCAGGAGAAGCUGAAUCAACAGCUGCAGAAGAAAGGCAAAUUAGGAGGUGGUUUGUUGUCGGGAAAAGGAAGCCCGUCUGGGAAUGCAAGUCAGUUAAAAGAAAAACUCAUGCAGAGGGAAAAAGACAUCAGUCUGAUGAAAGAUCAGCUACGGAGAGUUCAAGAUGAAAAGGAACAAGAAGUUGGAAAGCUACGACAAACUGUUAAAGACAGAAGCAGCGAUAUUGAGAAGCUGCAAAAGAAGCUGAGUGAAACGGAGAAGGACUGUAGUCUUCUCCGCAACAAACUCUCCAAUGUGAAAGGGGGUACAAAGAUGACCCCUUUGCAGAGGCAGCUGGAGAGUGACUUCAUGGACAUGCAGGUCAAAUUGACCACUAGGGAGCGCGAGGUGUUCCAGAUGAAGCGGGAACUUGCCCUGCUUCAAGAGAAAAGUGAGAGUGAUGUCGGCAAUUUGAGAGGACGCAUCAAGGAGCAGGAAAAGGAGCAGCAGGGCUUCCAAGAGAGGCUGCGCCAGAGGGAGACAGAAAUAGGUUUCCUCAUGGACAAAAUGAAAUCACGUGAUUCCCAAAUAGUAUUGCUGAAGGAGGAACUGGAAAAGUCAAGUCGCCCUCAGGUGAGUGUGCAAAGCUUUCAAGAGGCCCAGAAGAGGGCGUUGGAGCUGGAGAAAGAGACAACCACUCUGAAGAAUGAACGAGCUGAAUUGAUCGCACAGGUAGACGACUUACAGGAUGAAAGUGCAAUGUACAAAAGUAAAUUGGACAAGAUAAGUUUAGGAGUGAGAAGCCUGAGCACCAGUCAGCUGAACUUAUUGAACCUUUCGGAAGGUAAAGCGGCUGGGCCGGGCUUCGACGCUAACAAGGGGCCUUCGAAGUCUCCUGUUGAUGAGAGAUUGAAGCAUGAGAUGCAGACACUGAAAGAUGAUCUCGCAGGGACCAGAAAGAAACUGCAGGCGCAUGAAGCCAAGAUGGCCCAUGAGCGGCGCAUCUGGCAGGAGGAGAAGGAGAAGGUGAUCAAGUACCAGAAGCAACUGCAGCUGAAUUACGUUCAGAUGUGUCGACGGAAUCGCAGCUUGGAGAGUGACCUGCAACAGCUCACUCUGGAGCUGGAGCACAAAGAAAUUAGCCAUUGCUGAAACAAAUAUUUAUAGUAAAGUAUUAACUUUUAAUUUUUUUUUUUUUUUUAA